CGUCUCAAAUGCGUUCAAGCGACAGUCGUUUGAUUUAGUUUCCUCCUCACUUUCGAAUUAUGGAGUACUGUCUAUCAAACAAAUACUUGCCCUCACGCUUGUAUCGGAUUGAUUAUCCCGGUAGCCGAACAAGCUACACGCGGAGCGAGGGCUUUAUGGCUGCGGAUCGAAGGAAGACCUAUGAGGACCAAGCUGAUGCCAUCUUCAAAAGAGAUAUCGUGAAACAAUUCACAUGGAGUUGUAGGGAUCCUGUGCCAUUCAUCAGCCUCUUCUCCGACCGCGAGCAUGCGGAGAACUGGGGGCUAAAACAGCCCUGGCGUGGCACGGCGACGUAUCUCUCUUGCAGUGAUUGGGCCCUAUACGUUAUUGAUACAGAUCGCUUAGACGAUGCUUGCUUCUUCAGGCUGAAGGAUUUAGUAGAAUGCCUUGGAUAGGAGAUACCUGAUAGGGCGAACCAGCACAUCGGUGGCACAUAUCUAUGCCUUCAUAAUGUUCCGCCAGGCGCUAUUGUUGAGAGAUUUGAUCCAGAACAAGUAAAAUGCGGUAUUCUCAAUGGGAUUACGCGAGUAUUAGAGAGUUGGCUAAUAUUGAGUAAACAGGAACAAUCGGAAGAUGGUAGAAGCGGAGAAGUGGGACUAUCUUGAUGGUUAUGACAGUAGUGAGUGUGAGGCACUUCAGGAAAACUGGAACACCAUUAUCGAGAAGAAUCUGG